AUGGUGCAAACAUACCAAAGCCCAGUGCGUAUUUAUAAGUACCCGUUUGAGAUCGUCAUGGCGGCGUACCAGAAGCGAUUUCCUACUUGUCCUCAAAUCCCUAUAUUCGUUGGCUCGGAAAUCACAUAUGAGCACCAUUCAGAAGAUGGCGCAGAAGAAGUAAUCGAACGUAAAUGUCAGUUGAACGUUGAUGCUCCUUAUCUUGUCAAGAAGAUUGCGGGUGUUGAUUAUGUUUAUUUCACGCAGAAGAACUCACUAGAUAAACGUAAGCGAACGUUGCUAAUAGAAGCAUCUAACAUAUCAUUUUCGAAUCGUAUUGUAAUCAAAGAAAAUUGUUUUUAUUAUGUGCAUCCUGAAAACAGUGAAUGGACGUGCUUUGAGCAGAGUGCAUCGCUUGAUGUGAAAUCGUUUUUCGGAUUCGAAUCUUCAGUCGAAAAGCUUGCCGUCAAACAGUACGCCGCCAAUCUUGCUAAGGCAUUUGGUAAAGAAGUAUUGGAGUAUUUCAUAGGAGAGUUGAUAAAAAAUGGCACAACAUAUAUAGCACCGUUCAGCGAUGCCGAUGAAUCGGCUGCAGAUUCAGCAAUCGAUGUUUCGAGAUCAGGUGAGGGUGAGGGCGAAGGUGAGGAGUUUGAGAAAGAAAAACAAGAGCAACAAUUACCAACAUGUUCAGCUCAAUCAAGACGUACUUCGCUUGCACAACAGUCAGUGACUUCUGCGAGACGUACAUCUAUUGAUGAUCUUCAUUCAUUUGCUGCGUUACGUUGUAUCUGUCAUUCUCUGCAUUCUUAUUUUCUCAAUUGUCUUCUAUCUAUGCUCGCUCGUCGCUAUGAUAGAAACGGAAGAAAACGUCGUUCAGUUCGAUUUCUUGUAGCCGAGGCCAAAUUAGAAGCCGAAUAUAUAAGACGCUUUUUGGGUCAACUUAGCGCACUGGAGGAGAGUCGUCUGUGCGAGUUGAAAUAUGGUCUUCGCAACUCACAUAAGGGUAAAUUACCGAAUGAUGCACAUUUGCUUCGCUUUUUGCGAGCGCGUGAAUUUGAUGUGGCACGUGCCAGUGAAAUGAUUCAGAAGAGUUUGUUAUGGCGUAAACAGUACAACGUUGAUAGGAUUUUGCUAGAAUUCGAGCCACCCGCUGUGCUGAAACAGUUUUUUCCAGGAUGUUGGCAUCAUUGUGACAAAAAGGGCAGACCGUUAUUCGUUCUGCGUUUGGGUCAGUUAGAUAUGAAGGGUUUACUGCGUGCUGUCGGUUUAGAAACGAUCGUCAAAUACACGCUGUCAAUCAUCGAACAAGGUCUUAUAAAAACUACUGAAGCAACCAAAAAACUUGGAGUGCCAAUCAGUUCAUGGACCUUAUUGGUUGAUCUCGAAGGAUUAAGUAUGCGUCAUCUGUGGCGACCUGGCAUUCAAGCAUUGCUGCGCAUAAUUGAAAUUGCUGAAGCACAUUAUCCAGAAACGAUGGGUCUCGUUUUAAUUGCCCGUGCGCCACGCGUUUUUCCAGUUCUAUGGACACUUAUAUCACCGUUUAUCGAUGAGAACACUCGUAAAAAGUUUAUGAUCAAUUCGAGUGAAUCAGUGUUUAACGAACUGUCCAAAUACAUCGACGAACAGUACUUACCCGACUUCCUGGGUGGCAGUUGUCUGUGCAAUGCACCUGAUGGUGGACAUGUACCAAAAAAUCUUUAUAGACCAGUUGCAGAAGACAUUAUCGACGAUGAGGUUUUAUCUUCGACGUAUCAGUCCGCUACUGUCUAUAAGGGUAUUCCGCAUGAAGUGGUCGUUAAGGUUCCUACAAAAGGUUGCGUUCUUACGUGGGACUUCGAUGUACUUAAAAGUGACUGUGAAUUUUUGCUAUAUUACACGGAGAAGGUGAUCGACACACCAGCCACUCCACAUUCACCUCCAGUAUUAUCGCCAGUUGAGAGGGUCACGGCUGCAAUUGGUAGUUCAGCAUCCACGCCGAUAUCAGCUAUUUCGUGCGAUUCGAAACUCACUUUAGGCAUCGAUCUCAGAAUAGAGGAGAAACCAGUGCAGUUUACUGAAGGUGACUCAAUGCAGGGUUCUCAUUAUUGUUCACGUGCGGGUACAUACAUUUUACAAUGGCGCCAUCCAGAACCAACUCCAAAUCAAUCGUUUGAUUUUUCGUUAUCACAUCACAAAUGUAAGAUUAUGUACUAUUAUGAAUUGCUGGAUUCCGCAGACUUCAGGUACGUUCUUAUUCGUUUAUUCAUUAAUUUCUUUGCAUUUCUCUGA